UUCCCCUCUCCCCACGGACUCUGCUCCCCCAUGAACGCUGCCAUCCCCCCUCUCCCGGCCAAGCACUGCUGCCCACUGGGAAGCAGUGGCGCCAGCCACCAUCCACCACCAACAAGGCCGCCGCCCACCAUCCGGUGACUUUCUCCGAAAACACUGCUCUCUCUCUCUCCCCCCUCCGCCAACCACCGAUACCGAACCCAUCGGCGACGCCCACCCAUCACGGCACCGACUUGGACUGCCACCUCCACCCAUUUCACCUCCCCCAUUUUUCCUAAAAUUUUCCCAAGCAAGGCUAUCCUUUCAUAGUAGAUGCACGCGGUUUAGACCAGUGGGAAAAAAAAAAAACACACACCGUGUUAUCAAGUCCAUGAAAUGGGUAUAGAAUUUUUCCACCCAGAAGAAUUUUUCCGGUGGGCAGCAGUGCUUGGACGGGAGAGGGGGAUGGCAGCGUUCGAAAUGAAAUGUCAAUCCAGCGUGAUUGGAUUUGAAUUUUUCUUUUCUUUUUUUAAAGUGGAUAUAACCCUGGUUUGUUAACUAGUAUACAUCCUACUGGUAUACCUCAAAGGGCUGCGGAGCUCAUGAAUGAAAUUCCUUUACUACUCAUUACUAGGUUUCCUAGUAAACGACGAAAAGAGGAAAUAUUUUUUUUUUUUUUUGUUCUUGGCUGGAUUUUGUGUUCUCCGAUUCGGACAAAUGGACGACUCAUAAUAAAAGAAGAGAUACAUGUUGCGCCGGAGGAACGCUACUUGUUCAUUCUGGGUCCCCGCUACUUGGCGGUAGCCGAGAGGUGGCGCAUGCGGCGUGCCAUAACCCCACCCACCUAACUUUCUCGUCAAUGAAAAUGUUUGUUGUCUAGCCACCGUCUCUUCAAUGCUCUCAAACUUAUCUUUCAAUUUCAAUGAUCCACUCCAUUCUAAGUGGGGUGAGAUGGCUGAGGCUGAGCUUAGGGAAGGGUUGCUUAAGAAGAAUAACAAUGAUGAUUACUAUGACAACUGCCCCGGUUGUAAGAUUGAUCGCCUGAAAGAAGACACACCUGGCCCUCCUUUCAAGCUUCUGCUCUAUGUCUUUAUCGUGGUCCUCGCCGCAGCUUUGCCCAUAUCAUCUCUGUUCCCUUUCCUAUAUUUCAUGAUAAGGGACUUCCAUAUUGCAGAAAGGGAGGAAGAUAUUGGCUAUUAUGCUGGUUAUGUGGGAUCUGCAUUUAUGUUUGGAAGAGCUUUGACUUCUGUGCUAUGGGGAAUGAUAGCUGAUCGCUAUGGUCGAAAGCCUGUAAUAUUGUUCGGCAUGAUUAUGUUGGUUAUUUUCAAUACUCUUUUCGGCCUUAGUACAAACUUUUGGAUGGCAGUUUCUACAAGGUUUCUUCUUGGAAGUUUGUGUGGUAUACUUGGCCCAAUGAGGGCAUAUGCUUCGGAAAUUUGCCGUAAAGAAUAUCAAGCAUUGGGAAUGUCAAUUAUUAGCACAUCAUGGGGCAUUGGAUUAGUCAUUGGUCCAGCUGUUGGAGGUUUUCUUGCCCAGCCUGCAGAGAAGUAUCCAGACAUAUUUUCUGAAGAAUCUCUGUUUUGGAGGUUUCCGUAUUUGUUACCUUGCCUUCUCAUAUCAAUCUUUGCAUUGGGAGUAUCUGUACUUUGCUGUUGCCUCCCGGAAACGAUGCAUAUGCAUACUAAAAAUAAAAGAGAGCUUGAGGACUCACGUGAUCAACGAGCAUCCACCACUUAUGGGCCUGAUGAGGAAGGAAGCAUGCAAAAAAAGUCUGAGGAGAAGUAUCCAGCUUCUCAACAGAGCCUUCUGAAAAAUUGGCCAUUGAUGUCAUCUAUCAUUGUCUACUGUGUUUUCCAGCUUCAUGAUAUGGCUUAUACAGAGAUUUUUUCAUUGUGGGCUGUUAGUCCCAGGAAAUAUGGGGGAUUGAACUAUACGACUACAGAUGUUGGUGAAGUUCUUUCUAUUACAGGCUUUGGUCUAUUAUUCUUUCAACUAUUUGUAUACCCCGUGGUGGAGAGGAUAUUUGGGCCCAUCAUGGUAUCUCGCAUUGGAGCUGUCUUGACCAUACCAUUGCUGUCAAGUUACCCUUUCAUAUCUAUGCUUUCUGGCCUCAGCCUCACACUACUGGUUGACUGUGCAUCGAUAUUGAAGAAUGUGCUCGCUGUAUCCAUCACUACAGGAUUGUUCCUUUUGCAGAACAGAGCGGUGAGCCAAAAGCAAAGAGGAGCAGCAAAUGGCAUAUCAAUGUCUGCUAUGUCUUUCUCUAAAGCAGUUGGUCCAGCUGGUGGAGGUUCACUAUUUUCUUGGGCACAGAAGCGUCAGAAUGCGUCUUUUCUUCCAGGUGGUCAUAUGGUUUUCUUCAUUCUGAACUUGAUUGAGGCGAUUGGACUGCUGAUGACUUUCAAACCUUUUCUAGUUGAACCAGCUGGGGACAGCAUUUCAUAGCUCAAUCCUAGAGGUUGACUAGAUAUUGAAAUUCCAUCCUUAGAAGAAUGUUUCAAGAAAUUUGUUCCAAUCAUUUCAAUGUUGCUAGUAGAUGGGGUAAGCUAUAAAUAAUGGGAUACUCACAUCUCUCUCUCUCUCUCUCUCUGAUCCAAACCAUAGCCAUUCCACGGUCAAAGCGACGCAUCAUUUAUGUAAUUUCAAAAAUAUAUUCAUUCUAUUAUAUUUUGAUUACAUUUUAUUUCGA